AUGGUUAAGAAAUAUAAAAUCAAGAAAUCGAAACUUACCGAUUUGAAGUCACUGGAAAAAAUCUCCAAGCAUUUGCUGGAAGCUGCUGAGCCGUCAGCUCCUGAAGCAAGUGAUGAUGAGGCACCUGAAGAAGUUGGGUUUGGUGCCAGCAAAGACAAAGCCAUUGAGGAACGGAAGAAGAUAAAAGGAACAAUCAAAGAAAUUAAAGCUGCCAAAAAACUUAAACAAAUGAAAUUGCAAAAACGGAAUCAAGCGCAGAAGAAAGAGAAGUUGAAAGACUUGGACCGGUUACCAGAUUCACUUUUGGAGAAUCUGCCUUCUUAUGAUGAACCAAAAAAACAGAAAGCAGAAUCUCAACACAGCCCAGAGAUUUUACCAAAAACAGGAAAAUUAAAACGGAAAAAAAUCAGUAAAAAAAAAGUUUCAGAAUUUGAAGAUGGCAAAUGCUUCAUCCAAUUACAAAAAAAUAAAACAACAAACAACAUUAAAGUGACUCCCUUGGAAAACCAAACUCCUAAUCCCACAAUAUCUGCUGUAAAUUUUCGUGAACAGGUGCUCUAUGGAGGGAAAAUCUCUCGUCAUUCAGAACACAACGGACUUACAUCUUUCUCCCUCUCUACCCUUAUCUAUCUAUCUAUCUAUCUAUCUAUCUAUCUAUCUAUCUAUCUAUCUAUCUAUCUCAGUCUGUUGAUCUAUCUAUCUAUCUAUCUAUCUAUCUAUCUAGUAAAAUGUUCUAUUAUCUAUAUAUCUAUCUAUCUAUCUAUCUAUCUAUCUAUCAAUCUAUCUAUCCCAUCUAUUCUAUCUAUCUAUCUAUCUAUCUAUCUAUCUAUCUAUCUAUCUAUCUAUUAUCUUAAACAGACUAUUCACAUCUAUCUAUCUAUCUAUCUAUCUAUCUAUCUAUCUAUCUAUCUAUCCCAGUCUGUUGACCUAUCUAUCUAUCUAUCUAUCUAUCUAUCUAUCUAUCUAUCUGAAACGUUUUAUUUCCUUUUUCUUUCUUUUUUCUUUCUUUCUUUCCCGUUUUCUUUCUUUUUUUCUUUCUUACAUUCCUUUUUUUUUUCUGUUAUUUUUUCUUUCUUUCUUUUCCGUCUAUCUAUCUAUCUAUCUAUCUGUCUAUCUAUCUAUCUAUCUAUCUCAAUCUGUUCAUAUCUAUCUAUCUAUCUAUUACUGCUUAUCUAUCUAUCUAUCUAUCUAUCUAUCUAUCUAUCUAUCUAUCUAUCUAUCUAUCUAUCUAUCUCACUCUGUUCAUAUCUAUUUAUCUAUCUCAGUCUGUUCAUAUCUAUGUCAAUCUGUUCAUAUCUAUCUAUCUAUCUAUCUAUCUAUCUAUCUAUCUAUCUAUCUAUCUCACUCUGUUCAUAUCUAUCUAUCUAUCUAUCUGUUCAUAUGUUCUAUGUUUCUCUCUCUCUUGCUCUCUCUCUUUCUCUCUCUCUCUAUCUAUAUGUCUAUCUCUCUAUUUCUGUUCAUAUCUAUAUAUCUAUUUCAGUCUGUUCGUAUCUGUCUAUCUAUAUUUGUUCAUAUAUCUCUGUUUCUCUCUAUAUAUCUCUGUUUAUUCAUAUCUCUCUGUUUCUCUCUAUAUAUCUAUCUAUCUAUCUAUCUAUCUUUCGGGUAGAUCGUUCUUUCUUGCCUUCAUUAUUUUUCUUUAUUUUUAGUAUAGCAGAAGCUUUUAAAGUUUCUUUGAAACAGCCAAGCAUAAAACGUGUGGAUAUUACACUUAUUCACCCCUCACCCCCCGGGAGACACGAUUUUCAGCUCUUUCCCUGUUUUCUCUUUCCGUAA